CGGAAGAUUUGAAGUGUCAAUGCGCGAUCAACUAUAACUCGGACAAUAAAUCGUGCAGGAGAUUGCGGAGAAGUGGCGCGCAUUUGGUUUUUUUUGCUUUAAAAGACUUCUUGAUGGCAGCCUCCUUCCUAUACUGCACUAUGUUGCUUUUGCUUAAGGCAGCGGAAUCCGUAGCAGCUCGUGACUACAACCUUCAAGCAGAAAGCGACAGCAGUGAUGGACAAAGAUCGUACCGAAAGAAAAAGAAAAUCAACAAAGGACGUUGGACGAAAGAGGAGGAUGAAAAGCUGAAAGAUCUUGCCUGUGAACUUGGUCCAAACUGGAAAGAAGUAGCCAGUCAUUUUCCUGAUCGUACUGAUGUCCAGUGCCAGCAGCGGUGGCACAAGGUCUUAAAUCCAGAGCUUAUAAAAGGACCCUGGACCAAAGAGGAAGAUGAAAAAGUAGUUGAGCUGGUAAAUAAAUAUGGUCCGAAGAAAUGGUCACUCAUAGCACAACACCUCAAAGGUCGUAUUGGCAAGCAAUGUAGAGAAAGGUGGCAUAACCAUUUGAAUCCUCAUAUUAGCAAAAGUUCUUGGACUGAGGAAGAAGACAAGCUAAUCUAUGAGGCUCACAAGAAAAUGGGAAAUAAAUGGGCAGAGAUUGCUAAACUGUUACCUGGGAGAACUGAUAAUGCUAUCAAAAACCAUUGGAAUUCCACCAUGAGAAGACGGGUUGAGACACUUGGCUAUGAGCAUUACAGAAAAAAUAGAUAUGUGUCAUCGAAAUUCUUUAUAUUGCAGCACGAAAAAGCAAGACAUGGGAGGCCACCGUCUGCAAAGAAAGAGAGGAGUAAAAGCAGUUCUGGUGACUUUGAAGCUGCAUACAGAUGCAGACAAUCGUCUGAAUUACCUACUGAGGUUGUCCUUCCUCCGUCUACGGCAGUCGUCCAGGUGUUGUCUGAGGGGGUGUCUGUGACAGACCCAUCUAAAAACUUGACCAAGAUAAAGCUUGAGUCAAAAAAGAGAAAGGAUGUACCUGGGUUGACUUCACCUUUCAGGAGCUACAUCAUGUCAGAAAGACUAAUGGAAUCAGAUCCAUCCACAUGGGGUGACAUGAGUACAUUUGAAAAUGGUGGUAUCCCAGUGAAGACCCUGAGCAAACUCACCUCUCCAGGAGCCAAAGAAUACAGAUUUGAUGGAAAUUCAUUGGCUGGACUUCAGACCCAUGUAGGAUCCUUGAUCCCAAUCACAUCCCCAGUGAUGCAGAACCGUUUUAGUACUCCUCCUACUAUCCUAAGGAGAGGAAAGAAAAGGAAGGCAAUGGAUAAUCCAGAUACAACAACUGGGGAUUUGCUAUCUUCCACUGUCGAACUUCCAAAGCACGUUUUCCAAAGUCCCAAAGGAGAUACACCCAUCAAAAGCCUGCCAUUCUCACCAUCUCAAUUUCUCAACUCUCCAGUAGCAGGAGGCAAAGUCAUCACCUCAACACCAGCCAACCAUAGCAAGGCUGAGGCAGGAAACUCCACCUUGAAUACUCCCAGUAAAAGUGACACAAACAAUAAUGAUAGUAAUUACAGGACACCACGCAUCAGACGGUCUUUGCUACAUAUGUCACCAAGGACGCCAACACCAUUCAAGAAUGCACUCAAGAUCCUGAAUGAGACAAAACUUGCCCAUACACCUGCUCAUUUUGAUGAGGAUUUCAAUGAAAUAAUCAAGAGAGAAGAAGAAGAGAGUGGAGUUCAGAUAUCAUAUGAAGAAAACAAAGACAGCCCAGCACGCAAAGUCCGUACUUCACUUGGAGAUUCCUUUGAUAAGAUUGAAAAAUCACCUGUCAUCAUUGGUCCAAAAGAGGAGGAUGAGGCUAACCAUGCAGAUAUUUCAAGUUCCACUGCAAGCAGUAUGCUGGAGGAUUCUGGUGCUGUUACAUCAUCACUUCUAUUGUCACCUCCAACCUCUUCCAUUGUAAAGCCAAGUCAAGUGUUUGGGAAACAGGAUCCAUUUGUCACUCCCAGUACAACUCUUAACAGUGAGAUAUCGAAGCAUCGCACAAAGAACCACCCAAUGAGACUACUGAGAUUUCAAGAAACCCCAAGAAAGCGAUCAACAAUGGACACUUCUUGGGAGCAAGUUGUCUGUGGUAAAACCCCAGAUCAGCAAUAUCUUACAGAACAAGCUAAAGAUUUCAUCGCCAACUACAGACCAGCCGCCAGAACCUUGCAGUUUAACACCCUUACCGUGGUUUAGCGCAAAUACCAAUAUCUAUUAGCAUACUAAUAGCUGUAUCAUACAUCAUACAGGAUGUAUCAUCCUGACUUAUUUUUAUCAAAAAAUGUGAAAAAAAUCUAACAAAUAUUUUCUACAUUUUUGUGUAAUCUCGUGCAUAAAAUCAGAACCAUCAGCAUUGUAUUUCACAUAACAAGGCAACACACAUAACACUGGUGAUAUUUUUAUAGCUUUGAAGAUUAUGUGGUAAUUACCUGAUUGGUACUAGUCGCCAGAUACAUUAGUUUGACUUUAUGAAUGCCAAAAUGCAGCAUCAAGAAUAAUCUGGCAGUACCUGGAUUUAAAGCACAAUUAUGUGAGCUGUUCGGAAGCUGGACUUCCUUUAGUUUUAACGUAAUCUAAGGAUAGAAGAAUGCUAAAAGAAUGGCUUUCUCUUUGUCUUACACUCAUUCAGUACUGCUGGCUAAAAUACACAAUUAAUAAAUCACCACCUAGUUAGAGUUGGGUUUAUAAACUUUUUUUACUGGUAAGUUAUUUUGUAUAUUGUAUUUACAGUUGAUCUAGUUCACAUUUCAAGUAGUAAUGCUUUGUUUCUCAAAUUAUCUAAGCCAAUAAGUGUUGUCUUCUUUUAAUACAUUCUUUUUGGUAUUAGUGUAGGUGGUAUAUCAAUAUAGUCUGCACAAAUGCUUGGUGAAUAACUGCCAUGGAGGGGAUUAGAAAGAAAUACAUGAAGUCAUCAAUUCAAUCUUCAAGGAUUUACACUAAAGGCAUCUUUCGAUUCUACAAAAAGCGUAGUAGAGGUAGGUUCGAUUUCUAGUCUUUAAAGGGUGCUUUGGAACCAAAACCGCUGGAAAUCGAGCCUACAUGCAUUGUGAGGUUGGGAAAUGAGAGUAGAUAAACUGUAUUUCUAGGAGAAAGGUGCAAAAAGUGUGUAGAAAAGGUUUUGCAGAGAUUACUCUGUGUGAAAUAGAACAAGAUCCUGAAAAAUGGAUUUUUAUACAAAAUUUUGUAAAUAUAAAAAUUCUUAUAUUGUCAUUAAACUAUUGAGUAUGUCA